AUGAAAGGUGGCUUAGAAAUUCCAGAUUACGUGCUCCAUGCGCUGGCAGGUGUUGCCCAACAUCUGGGCUAUAUUUCCGGCCAGCACACGAUGGACUACGAUUUUCGCUCCGGUGCAAACAAUCGCACGGUGGUGUCUGUCUUCUACCGGGUGACGUUUCGAGAGGAACCCCGUGAAACUACCGUCCUGUGCAAAGUACCACCACCCGGCGCCGACGAAACCCUGCUUACACUGUUCGAGAGGGAAGUUUUCGUGUACGGUAAGCUACUGCCCGCUUUCGAGCAGUUCCAGCGCACCCGACAUGAACUGCUAGCGUCACAAUCGAAAGCCUCCACGGAUUCGGAAGAGCAGGUGGUUGCUUUUGCACCUCGUUGCUACCACGCACACUGCGAUGUGAAGAAAGGCGAAGGGAUUAUCGUGCUGGAGGAUGUUAGCAGGCGUGGGUUUUCGAACCGCCACAAAUUCGAGCCUAUGGACUAUGACCAUGCCCGGCUAGCGAUGGUGCAGCUUGGGCGGUUUCAUGCGAUUUCUCUCGCACUCAAGCAGCAACAGCCGGAGCUGUUUGAACAGUAUCGGCACAUGGGAGACGUCACCCGGGAGCGUGUCCUCCAGAUGGAAGGAUUCGAGCAGACUAUGGAACAGGCGUUUGAAAGUGCAAUCGCAACAUUGAACCCGGGUGACGUAGGACGGCGCGAGAAGCUGGCACGCCUUCGGGGCAGUUUUGCCGAGGAGUUGCAGAACAUUAGCGACGCUGCCCUUUCGGAGCCGUUCUGUGUCGUAUGCCACGGAGACUUUGCUGCGGACAACAUGAUGUUUUCCUACAAUGGCGGCUUUCCAAAUCGGCUCAUCCUGCUCGACUGGCAGUUGGCAAAAUACGGCUCACCCGCGUUGGACUUUGUGCAGACCAUCUUUCUCUCCACGGACGAAUCGUUCCGCCGCAAUCACUACGACAAUAUGCUUCAGACCUACCACAACGCUCUGAUGAGUCACCUGGAGCGUUUUGGAGACGAUAGUGCCACCGAAUGGUUUCCCUUGACAGUGUUAAUGCGGUUGAUUAAGUUACAGGCGCGUCAAGCGCUUGUCCUAGGUUUGCUACACAUACCACUAACGGUGGCCAGCGAAGAAGCGGCAGUGGCCAACACCGGAGACGAGCCGGAUGCGGUAGAAACUGACGAACAGAGAGAGGACAGUAGGUCCAUCGACAUAAGUGAUGUGGGCGAUGCCAAGUAUCAAACGCGUAUGGUUGGUUUACUGAAAGACGUGUUCCGGCUUGGAUAUCUAUAA